GUUUGGUGAUUUAGAGCUGUCAAAAAGAUAACCGUCAAUAUGACCGAUAAAACUGCUUAAAUUUCUACUACAUAGGCAGAUAUAUUUGAUAUGUUAGCUUGAAAGAAAAAGUAAGCAAAUUAUUUCACGAAAAAGAAGUCCACAGUAAUGAGUUGGCUGCUUGCAUCACUGUGCUGUGGUGACGUGUGGCGUCUGGGAGCUGUCCCAGGAAUCAUGGUGCUGAAGCUGCAGCACCAAUUCAGCAGCCAAUGAUCACAGGAGAAUCCGGGGCUACGGAUGCUUUCACCCAGAGCAGGACAGUCCGACAAUCGUGUUGGAUUUUAACGGAGGGAUUUAAACCCAUCGGCUUGUUCCUCGGACAUGGAAAUUCGAUAAUUGGGGAUGUAAGCUUCACACAGACUUGUCAGCGACCUGCAGUCUGGCUGGAGAUCUAUGAAAAAAAAAUCCUGAAACUGUGAGUCGUAUAGAAAUCGGUUGUAGCUCGCCAGCUGUUGCAUUUAUUGAACUUAAUGGCUUCAGACACUUGUUUGCAUCGAUGGGAUUUGUCGAUACUUUCAAUUAGAAUAUACAAAUAUCAACAUAGAAAACUAAAGGGCGGCUUUAAACCCCAACAAACGCUGGAAAACGCACCCUCUACCCCCACUAUCCCAUCCAACGACAUUUGAAGAAGUGUUCAUGACGGGGACACAUACAGUACAUGCUGUUUUCUUCCAGCAUCUUUGCGUGAUGCUGUGAGUUUCUGGCCGGAGACAGCCUGAUGCUGCGCAGCCAGGGCAUGCUGAAGAGCCGCUGUUGCGUCCUGCUCGGUGACCUGAGGGUGCUCCUGCUCGGGCCACCGGCACCGCCGACACCGCUGCCUCCGCUGACCCCCAUGAGCGGCCAAACUACUGAAAGCCAUGAGACAGGCGUCACCGUCCCCGACAACAAUAACACGUUAACGCGGAGCCACCAGCACGCAGGUGACCGGGUUACUCCACCUGCAGCAGCAGCCACGGGGCCACCGGGCGAAGAGCGACCGGGCUGGGUUGAUGCUGCAGAGCUGUCGGCGGCCCUGCGCGGCUGCAGCAGCUCCUCUGAUGACUGCUCAAAGGGCAAACUGGAAGAGAGGUUCUCCCUCACCAGUUACACCGAAAGUGGCUUCAGGACGCCUGUGUGUAGGAUCUGCUUCCAGGGACCAGAACACGGGGAGCUCCUGAGCCCAUGUCGGUGCUGUGGGUCAGUACGCUGCACCCACCAGCCCUGCCUCAUCAAAUGGAUCAGCGAGAGAGGUUCCUGGGCCUGUGAGCUCUGCUACUACAAAUAUCAGGUCAUUGCCAUCAGCACCAAGAAUCCACUACAGUGGCAGGCCAUCUCCCUGACAGUGAUAGAAAAAGUGCAGAUAGCAGCAGCCAUCUUGGGCUCCCUGUUCCUGAUAGCCAGUAUCUCCUGGCUGGUGUGGUCGUCUUUCAGCCCGUCGGCCCGCUGGCAGCGACAAGAUCUGCUUUUCCAGAUCUGCUACGGCAUGUACGGAUUUAUGGAUGUCGUCUGCAUCGCACUAAUUGUCCACGAGGGACCUUCUGUGUUUCGUAUCUUUCACCGCUGGCAGGCCGUGAACCAACAGUGGAAAGUCCUGAACUAUGAUAAGUCUAUGGACAGUGAUGACAUGAAGAACACCACUGUGGACAGGACUCUGUCUCAGCCCAGUCCAGGCUUUCAGACUGGGGUGGGAGUGUCCACCUCCACCUCCUCGCUGAUGGUGGUAGCCUCCACAGCCGCUGGCUCCACCUCUACAACCGUGGUGACGGCCGCAGGAGAACUAGGAGCACAUGUGGACCCCAAUGGCAGCGCAGUGCCAGACCAACACUGUCCCUACAACAUCCUCCACCUCCUCAGCCACCUGAGGCAGCCAGAGGCCCGCAGCCAACCCAGCAAUAGCACACGAGAGUUGGUCAUGAGAGUCACUACAGUCUGAGGAGUCAGUUGAGGCCUUAUCUCACAUGGAGGUGAAAGAUUUAUGAACCAGCUGACAGUUGAAAAAAAAAAAGUCUUAUCUUAACUGCACUGGAUUAAUACCAUGUUCUUGUUUGUUUCAAAAUGCAUCUCUGAUGUCCUUACAUGGAUUGAAUAAAAGUCGAAGUUGUUUGAUUUGCA